AUGGAGAGACAGCCUCAAUCACUUCUGUUAUGUGCGUUGAUCUUCAUCAGCUUUUUUGCCCUUUUACAUCUCAUUGAAGCUCAAGACCAACAAGGAUUCAUCAGUUUGGAUUGCGGGUUGUCUCCAAACGAGCUUCCUUACAACGAUCCUUUAACCGGAUUAACAUACUCAACGGACGAUGGUUUUGUGCAAAGUGGCAAAACCGGAAAAAUCCAAAAGGAGUUCGAGGCAAUCUUCAGUAAACCGGCUUUAAAGCUUAGGUACUUCCCAGAUGGAGUCCGAAACUGCUAUACCGUGAAUGUCACGCAAGGCACUAACUAUCUGAUAAAAGCCGUAUUUGUUUACGGUAAUUACGAUGGCCUAAACAAUUACCCGAGUUUUGACCUUUACCUUGGUCCUAAUCUUUGGUCAACGGUUGAUAUGAAUGGACGAGCCAAUGGUACUAUCGAGGAGAUCAUCCACAAGACCACAUCUAACACUCUCCAAGUCUGUCUCGUUAAGACAGGGACAAGUACUCCUAUGAUUAAUACCUUAGAGCUACGACCACUUAACAAAAAUACUUACAAUACUCAGAGCGGCUCGCUGAAGUAUUUCUUCCGAUAUUAUUUCAGCACUUCAGGCCGAAACAUAAGGUAUCCAAAUGAUGUCAAUGAUCGUAAAUGGUAUCCAUUCUUCGAUUCGAAAGAGUGGACAGAAGUAACCACCGAUCUCAAUGUUAACACUUCUAAUGGUUAUCAACUACCACAAAUCGUAAUGUCAUCUGCCUCAACGCCUAUAAGUACCUUUGCGCCAUGGAACUUCACCUGGUUAUUGCCAUCUUCCACGACCCAAUUCUAUAUUUACUUACACUUUGCCGAGAUUCAAACUCUACGGUCCCUCGAUACCCGAGAAUUCAACGUGACACUUAAUGGGAAACUUGCCUAUGCACGUUAUAGUCCUAGAACGUUAGCCAUGGAAACUAUAUUCUACUCCACACCACAACAAUGUGAAGGAGGGAAAUGUAUCUUGGAGUUAAAGAAGACGCCCAAGUCUACUCUGCCUCCUCUCGUUAACGCUCUCGAGCUUUUCACCGUGAUAGAUUUCCCGCAGCUGGAAACAAACCAAGAUGAUGUGGUUGCUAUAAAGGGUAUCCAAAAUACUUAUGGAUUGAGUAGGAUUAGCUGGCAAGGAGAUCCAUGUGUCCCUAAACAGUUCUUGUGGGAUGGUUUAAACUGCCAAAGUGCAGAUAUUUCCACACCACCUACAAUCACUUUCUUAAACUUAUCCUCUAGUCAUUUAACGGGGAUCAUCGCGCCUCACAUUCAAAAUCUAAUCCACCUACAAGAAUUAGAUUUGUCAGAUAACAACUUGACGGGCGGAGUACCUGAGUUUCUUGCCACCAUGAAAUCACUCUUGGUCAUAAAUUUAAGUGGGAACAAUCUUAAUGGCUCCGUUCCUCAAACCCUUCUACAGAAGAAAGGACUAAAGUUGAGUCUUGAAGGAAACUCAAAUCUUAUUUGUCCGGAUGGAUUAUGUGUAAACAAAGCUGGGAAUGGUAGUUCCAAGAAAACGAGUGUUGUAAUACCGGUUGCUGCAUCGGUCGCAUUCGUGGUGGUUCUUGGAUCUGCAUUGGCUUUCUUUUUUGUUUUCAAAAAGAAAAACACAUCAAACAGUGAAGUAACAUUAGGUUCUUCAUCAUAUACGCAAGUAUCAGAUGAUAGAACAACCAGAUCUUCAGAACCGGCAAUCGUGACAAAAAACAGAAGAUUUACUUACUCAGAGGUUGUAACGAUGACAAAUAACUUUGAAAGAGUCCUUGGUAAAGGAGGAUUUGGAAUGGUCUAUCAUGGAACUGUAAAUGGUAACGAACAAGUAGCCGUUAAAAUGCUCUCACACUCAUCUUCUCAAGGGUAUAAAGAAUUCAAAGCAGAGGUGGAACUUCUUCUCAGAGUUCACCACAAAAAUUUGGUUGGCCUUGUCGGAUAUUGUGAUGAAGGAGAAAAUUUGGCUCUUAUCUACGAGUACAUGGCUAACGGAGACCUGAGAGAACAUAUGUCAGGAAAACGAGGUGGAUCUAUUCUGAAUUGGGAAACUAGACUAAAAAUAGUCGUCGAAUCUGCACAAGGGUUGGAAUAUUUGCAUAAUGGAUGCAAACCACCAAUGGUUCAUAGGGAUGUCAAAACCACAAAUAUAUUGUUGAAUGAACAUUUUCAGGCCAAGUUAGCUGAUUUUGGGCUUUCGAGAUCUUUUCCGAUUGAAGGAGAAACUCAUGUCUCAACGGUUGUUGCUGGAACUCCUGGUUACCUUGAUCCAGAAUAUUAUCGAACAAAUUGGUUGAAUGAAAAAAGUGAUGUUUAUAGCUUCGGAAUUGUACUACUAGAGAUCAUCACAAACCAGCCUGUUAUCAAUCAAAGUCGUGAAAGAGCACAUAUAGCAGAAUGGGUGGGGGUAAUGCUUACAAAAGGAGACAUCAAAAACAUUAUGGAUCCAAAACUCUAUGGAGAUUAUGACAAUGGUUCUGUCUGGAGAGCAGUUGAACUAGCAAUGUCGUGUCUAAAUCCAUCUUCAUCUAGAAGACCAACCAUGUCUCAAGUUGUUAUUGAAUUGAACGAGUGUUUGGCAAAUGAAAACUCAAGAGGAGGAACAAGUCAAAACAUGAACUCACAGAGCUCUAUAGAUGUGAGCAUGAAUUUUGAUAUUGAAACUACCCCUGGAGCUCGCUAA